AUGGAUUCCUCCACAACUGAGUGUAAAUCUCGGCACGCCAUCCUGGGUCCUCUACGAGUCAGCGAGCCAGAGCAAAUGGACCAGGGAUCAAACUGGUGCGGCGAGGAAGAUGACAUCACAGACGAGACCACAUCUCUGAUAGAGGAAGAGCAUUCUAUUGAGGAUGAUGUUGAGAGCUCAGACAACCAGACAAACUGUAUAGGCCCACCUCCACCCUCUGUGCCCACCUACAAACAGAGGUGUGAGGAGUUCCGGAGGUUAUUCAAAGACCUGGCGAGCUCUGAUAGACUUCUGCUUGACUACCCGUGCGCUCUCCAGCGAGACAUACUCCUGCAGGGACGCCUCUACCUCACCCACAACUGUCUGUGUUUCUACAGCAAUGUCUUCCGUGGCACUAAGAUUAGCCUGGCCCUCAAAGACAUCAGCCACAUGACCAGGGAGAAAACCGCAAGGCUAAUACCCAACGCCAUUCAGUUUUGCACCAACAAGGAGAAGCUGUUCUUCACUUCCUUUUCGGCAAGAGAGAAAAGUUACAACGGGGUUUUCCGCUUGUGGCAGAACGCAUUGCUGGACAAGCAGCUGACUAACACAGAAGUUUGGCAGAUGGUCAGGCAGCACUAUGGAAAUGACCUGGGACUGAGCCAUGAAGAGAUGGAGAGCACACAGUUUCAUGCAGACUUAAGCAUGCAGAGCAGGACUGGUGGAGAUGACGGUUGUUUGGCAAAAUUUGAGCGGAUGCCCUCCAUUCGACUUCCUGGACAGGAGUUGCCCUCCUUGGAAACCGAAGAAUUCCCUUCUGCCAAUGCUUCUCCUGCCGAGGAGGAGCGCCGUGUCUCGCUGACUCUCCGCCGCAGUCCCGUUCCAACUCCGGAGCGCUCGGCACCAGAGCCAUUCCCGAGGCAUUCGUCACCUUCCCAGGAAGAUGACCGCGUGUCUCAGGGGACCGGCUCAGAGAGCGUGGAAGAAGCGGAAGAGCGAAUUGGACUGCCGCAAGAACAGGGUCGCCUAUACCUCAACAAGGUCUUCCAUGUGAGCGCUAGCCGGAUGUUUGAACUGCUUUUCACAGAGUCUGCCUUCAUCCGCCGCUUCAUGAAUGUUCGAAAGAUAACCAAUCCACAAUUUGCGGCGUGGCAAAACGACCCAUCGGGCGACAUGAAGAGGAGUCUGAACUACACCAUAACCAUCAGUAACCCUUUGAUUGGCAAAUUCUCCACUGCGACAGAAAAUCAGACACUGUACAAAGAGUCACGGGACGGUGAAUAUUACUUGGUGGACUCCGAGGUGUACACGCACGACGUCCCCUACCACGACUACUUCUACACACAGAAUCGCUACUACAUUAAAAGUCACAGCAAGCGCAAAUGUCGACUCAAGGUUUAUACUGAUGUGAAGUACAAAAAGCAGCCGUGGGGUCUGGUUAAGUCCUUCAUCACUAAGAACUCCUGGAGUGGCAUUGAAGAUUAUUUUAGACAACUGGAAGCUGAACUUCUGGAGGAGGAAGCCGAGAUCAACUCUGGAGCGGCGGAAUCUUGCAAGGUCGGCGUGCGGCGGAGGCGGCGGACGUUCAGCCGGACGAUGCCGGAGCACAAAAAGCCCAAAAAGCAUUAUGGCCAAUCGCCUGAAUUACUUCGAGAUGGCAAAAUGGGCCCGGCGGAGAUGAAUAAUUCAUACGGAUGGAGCAUCUCGGCCAUCGUAGCAGCAAUGAGUUUGAUUUUGCUGAUCGUGGCGGUGCUAAACGUAGGCUUGUUCGUCAAGUUAUGGGCCAUGGAGGACAUAGCCCACCGCAUGUACUUGACCACAAAGCAUCGCCUGAGAGAAAGGGCCGAGGCCAGCAUGGUGCCCGAGUACCCUUCAAAGCAGUUUUCUCCAUUCAAGAGCAGAGAGGAUGUGCAGCUGCUCAGAACUGUACUUCAGGACUCAAUUAACCUUUUAGAGCAGCUUCGUCGUUCUCUAAUACUGCUGCAACAGAGCUUUGCGUUGGCCAAUCAAACAGCGGUUCCACUUUGA